GCCGUCUCCUCCUCCUCUUUAUCUUCUUCCUCGCAUAGGUUAAAGUCAAGUUUUCACGUAAUUCAUCUAAUACCUCAAUUCUUCUUGUUUUAUUAUUCCUUCUUUCUUUUUUCUCUUCAAUCAAAACUCAGAUCCGAAUCACUGAUCCCAUUCCCUUUUGAUAUCUUCGAACUAAAAAGAACACAAAAACUCUCUAUUUCUUGCAAAGUUGUGGACUUUCUUGGUGGGUUCUUGCCACUUGAUCAUUUACUGUUUUGGGCACUAAGAAAAAAAUCAAAAAAUUCCGCUUGAUUGCUAUUUAGUGGGUUCUUCUAAGAUGGAUCAAGUAGUCAUCGGCGGAAAGUUUAAGUUGGGUAGGAAACUUGGUAGUGGAUCCUUCGGCGAACUUUAUUUAGGGAUCAAUAUUCAAACUGGAGAAGAAGUCGCAGUUAAGCUGGAACCUGUGAAGACAAGGCAUCCUCAACUGCAGUAUGAGUCGAAAUUAUAUAUGUUUCUUCAAGGGGGAACUGGUGUUCCACAUCUCAAAUGGUUUGGAGUGGAGGGUGAAUACAGUUGCAUGGUUAUUGACCUGCUUGGGCCUAGUUUGGAAGACUUGUUCAACUACUGCAAUCGUAUCUUCUCUUUGAAAUCUGUUCUAAUGCUUGCUGAUCAAUUGUUAUGCAGAGUUGAGUACAUGCAUUCCCGGGGGUUUCUUCACCGUGAUAUCAAACCUGACAAUUUUUUGAUGGGUCUUGGCCGUAAAGCAAACCAGGUUUAUAUCAUCGAUUAUGGCCUUGCUAAAAAAUACAAGGAUCUUCAGACACAGAAGCAUAUACCAUACAGGGAAAACAAGAAUCUUACAGGAACUGCACGGUAUGCAAGUGUGAAUACGCACCUUGGGAUUGAGCAGAGUAGAAGAGAUGAUCUGGAGUCACUUGGUUAUGUGUUGAUGUAUUUUCUACGAGGAAGUCUUCCAUGGCAAGGUCUAAAAGGUGGCACAAAGAAGCAGAAGUAUGACAAGAUUAGUGAAAAGAAGAUGCUUACUACUGCAGAGAUUCUUUGCAAGGGAUAUCCAUCAGAGUUCACCUCGUAUUUCCAUUACUGUCGGUCAUUGAGAUUUGAGGACAAACCAGAUUAUUCAUAUCUCAGAAGACUUUUCAGAGACCUUUUCAUUCGUGAAGGUUACCAGCUCGACUACGUGUUUGAUUGGACAACCUUGAAAUAUCCUCAGACUGGCUCUAGUUCGAGACCAAGGCCAAGACCAGCCUUGGACCCUAAAGGAACACCUGCAGACAAAUCUGAAAAACCUACAGUAGGAAAGGACCUCAGAGAAAGAUUUUCAAGCGCGAUGGAGUCAUUCACCAGACGAAAUGUAUCAAGCCAAGGCGCUCAUGGUGAUCGCUCUACAUACAGAUCUUCUCAUGUCAAACAAGACAAGCACGAGUCUGAUAGACAUCGUUCUUCAUCUCGAAAUGGAAGUAGCAGACCUGGCUUGUCAGCUGAGCCGAGUGAGAACCGCUCAAGCCGUCUAUUCUCAAGUGGGUCGCGUCUCGCCACAACUCAGCGGGUUCAACAGAGCUAUGAAUCCAAGCCAUCAUCUGCAGCAGGACAUGAGGAUGCCAUAAGAACCUUCGAGCUCCUUAACAUCGGCUCUGGAAAGAAAAAGAAAUGAAGUUAGAAGGGUAUGGUAGUGAAAAGACAUGUUCAUGCUUAUAGAGAUUCUCAUCCUAUGGAAAAAAAAACGCAUUGUUUACUUACAUUUGGAACAAGAUGAGAAAGAGAAUAUAUUCUGCCUCUCCCAAUCUCUCAUUGUCUGUGUUUUAAGAGAAAUUCUUCAUUUAUCCUUUUGGUGUUAACUUGUGAUGAGUACUACUUCAGGUUCUGUUUUCGAAAGCUUCAAUGUAAG